AUGUGUGUGAGUAAUUGAACUGUUUGAUUUACAGGAACAGGAAGAGAGGAGAGCAGGAAGAGCAUCGACCUGGGACCCCCCCUGCAGGACGACAUCAUCGACAAGAGACGCCGCGGUAACAGCGCUAACAUACUCUCCAAGCCUGGGAUGCAGAGCGGGGGGGAAGAGGAGCCGGACGAGGAGCCGCACACCGACCUGCCCCCCCGCAUGGAGAUCAUCAAGGACCAGGAGGACAAGUCUUCCUCCUUGCUAACAUCUCUUCAGUCGUCCUCUGACGUGCCCAGCGCCGCAGAGCUGGUUAGCGCCAUAGAAAAACUGGUUAAAACCAAGAUGACUCUGGAUAAAGGAACGUACCCCGACUUCUCGUCUCUCUCUCCGCCGGAGCAAACCACUCCAGUGCAGCCUCGAAACCCUGAGCUGGAGCAGAGAGCCAAAGCUAUGAGAGGACGGAUGUUUGUCCUUAACGAGCUGAUCCAGACGGAGAAGGACUACGUCAAGGACCUGGGCAUCGUGGUGGAGGGCUUCAUGAAGAGGAUCGAGGAGAAGGGCAUCCCCGACGACAUGAAAGGAAAAGACAAAAUCGUCUUCGGGAACAUCCACCAGAUCUACGACUGGCACAGAGACUUCUUCGUCGGAGAGCUGGAUAAAUGUUUAGACGACCAUGAGCUCCUUCCUGAGCUCUUCAUCAAACAUGAGAGAAGGCUCCACAUGUACGUGAUUUAUUGUCAGAAUAAGCCGAAGUCAGAGUUCAUCGUAGCAGAAUACGAUACAUUCUUCGAGGGGCUCCAGCAUGACGUCCAGUCCAGGUUGUCCAUGAGUGACUUCCUCAUCAAACCAAUCCAGAGAAUCACCAAAUACCAGCUGCUACUGAAGGACUUCCAGAAGUACAGCAGCAAGGCAGGCAUUGACUGUGAACAAAUCGAGAAAGCAGUAGAUUUGAUGUCUCAGGUCCCUAAACUGUGUAAUGACAUGAUGAAUCUGGGUCGUCUGCAGGGAUACGAGGGUAAACUGACCAGUCAGGGCAAGCUGCUCCAGCAGGAAACCUUCUUCGUCACGGAGCAGGACUCCGGCGUCCUGUCGCGCUCCAAAGAGAGACGAGUUUUCCUUUUCGAGCAAAUCGUCAUCUUCAGUGAGCUGCUCAGGAAAGGGUCGUCCACGCCCGGAUACCAGUUCAAGAAGAGCAUCAAAAUAUCCUUCCUGGGUCUGGAGGACAGCAGCGAUAACGAUCAAUGUAAGUUCGUCCUGACGUGUCGCGGCUCGUCGGAGCGCUUCACCCUGCAGGCCGCCAACGUGGACAUCAAACAGAUCUGGGUCCGACACAUCCAGGCCGUCCUGGAUGCUCAGAACAACUUCCUGUCUGCCCUCCAGUCUCCCAUUGAGUACCAGAAGGAGAAGGGCGGAGCAGGCAGCAGCGCCUCGCUGACCAGGAACCGCUCUGGCUCGGGGAACCGUUCUUCUUCUGCAGCGUCGUCUCAAAGCCGCCCGUCAUCAGCCGUCGGCCUCGGAGACAAGGAGACGGAGAGAGGGAGGCCCCAGAUGAAAGGGUCCACCUCCAACGGCGGAUCCACGUGUUUCGAGUCCAGGGACCUUGAAGGCUGUAACGGCGUCUCCUCCACCAUGUUGGUAUCUCAGGACUACUCGGCGCUCAAGGAGAACGAGAUCUGCGUCAGUCAGGGAGAGACCGUCCAGAUCCUGGCCACCAAUCAGCAGAACAUGUACCUUGUUUACCGGCAGGCCAACAGCCAAUCACCUGCCGCAGAGGGCUGGGUGCCGGGACGCAUCCUGGUCCCUCUCACUAAGUCCAUUAAAGACUCUUCUUCUACUUCCUCCUUUCCGACGUCGGUGGCCGAUGCCAACAACAUCAAGAAGUCUCUGUCGUGGAACACACUGCGCGCCAGGAAGCGUGCCGAAGCAAAGGACGGCUCUUUUGUGGGGGUCAGAGGUCAGGAGAACGGCCUCCUCCGUAAGCCCAAAGAAACCACCCCCCCUCCCACGCUCGCCUCCCCCGCCACCAGGGCGAAGGGCAAAGACCUUCACACUUCAGAUGAGUCUGACUGUGACGAUGACCUUGACCCAAAAACUGGCAUGGAGCUUCUCAACCCAAACUUCAUCCAGGAAGUGGCUCCAGAGUUCCUCGUCCCUCUGUCAGACGUGGUGUGUGCGUUCGGGGAGACGGUGGUCCUCUGCUGUAAAGUGUGUGGACGACCCAAACCCUCGGUCACCCUGAAGGGUCCGGACCAGAACCCAGUGACCAGCAACAACCGCUUCACCAUAGACAUCAGGGAUACAGGUGACAUCCUGUUGAAGAUCUGUAACCUGAUGCCUCAGGACACAGGGAUCUACACCUGUGUUGCCGUUAACGACCACGGCUCUGCCUCAUCCUCCGCUUCCAUCAAAGUGCAAGGUAUCCCAGCAGCCCCUGGGCGGCCGGUGGCUCAGGAGGCCAGCAGCACGGCGGUGAUGAUCCAAUGGCCACCUCCAGCUUCCUCUGCUCACUGCAGUGUGAGCAGCUACACUGUGGAGUACAGACAGGAAGACUCGUUGCUAUGGCAGCAGGUGGCCAGCAGCAAAGAGGAGUGUGUUCAGAUCGACGCUCUGAUCCCUGGAGGUCACUAUCAGUUCAGAGUGCGAGCCUCCAACCGCUGGGGGGUCGGCCCUCCCUCCGAACCCUCCAACAUGAUCACACUGCCCAGCACCAACUCUGGGUAUGAUGGAACAGGGAUCCAGUGGAAAGAAAACUUUGAGUCGACUUUCUCUGAAAUCUGUGAGAUCGGAAGGGGACGAUUUUCAGUGGUGAGAAAAUGUCUCAACAAAUCUACAAAGAAAGAGGUUGCGGUUAAAUUUGUGAGUAAGAAGAUGCAGAAGAAGGAGCAGGUGGCUCAUGAGGCGGACGUCCUCCAACACGUGCAGCAUCACCAGCUGGUGGCGCUGCUGGACACGUACGAGUCUCCAACCUCUCUGAUGCUGAUCAUGGAGCUGCUGGAGGACGGGCGUUUGCUCGACUACCUGGUGGCCUGUGAUGAGCUGAUGGAGGAGAAGUUGGCGUUCUUCAUCAGAGAGACACUCGAGGCCCUGCAGCACCUUCACACCUGCAGAGUGACACACCUGGAUCUGAAGCCUGAGAACAUCAUGGUGGACCUCCACUCUCACACCCCGGGCAUUAAACUCAUCGACCUCGGUGAUGCCGUCCAGCUGUCCGCUCACCGCCGGUACGUCCACCUCUUGCUCGGAAACCCAGAGUUCGCUGCACCUGAGCUCAUCCGUGGGACUCCAGUCUCUGUCGCCACGGACAUGUGGAGCGUGGGCGUGUUGGCCUACGUGAUGCUCAGUGGGGUUUCCCCGUUUCUGGAUGAGUCACCGGAGGAAACCUGCGUGAACAUCUGCCGCCUGGACUUCUGCUUCCCGGAUGAAUACUUCCGAGAUGUGAGCCAGGCGGCGAGGGACUUCGUGUCCUCGUUGCUGCAGCAGGAUCCCAGGAAGAGGCCAAGCGCUACUUCCUGUCUGCAGCACCCUUGGGUGGGCCGCGGGGGGGCACACGGUGGGGAACACUCCAAGAAGCCCCUGGACACUACGCGGCUGGCCACAUUUAUUGACAGGAGAAAACAGCUGCAUGACGUCCGGCCCAUCACUAAUAUCAAAGGGCUGGUGAGCAGCAGCAUGGGAAACACACUGUGACCACCGGGACCCCAACAAUAACAUUACCAUAUAUUUUAAGCAUUUCAUUUUAUCCUGUAUUUAUUAAUGUGUGCGUGGGAAAGGGAUUUGGUGCCUGGAUUUGUCAUGUAGUGCGAGAUUGAAUCCUCUUCCAAGGACCAGUCAGACCAAACUUAUAAUAAGAAGAUGAAAUAAUUGAAAUAAAUGGCUGAAUUAUAUUUAUUUAUUGACUAACACUAGAUCACCUAGUUUCAACAAUUACAUAAGAAGCGGGUUCCAAAAACUGCCUAAAACACCCAAUAAAACCCAAAGAAAAAAUCUAAAAGUUGAGAAAAUUAGCAUUUAGAAAACACACUGUGAGCAAACAUUAUGGCAACAUAUUAGUUUAUAUUUGUAAUAUUUAUUUUUACAGGGAGAGAGUGUAUAUUGGAGGCAAGCGGAGCCAGUUACGUUAGGAGAUAAUCUGAUCUUGUAUCUUUUUCACUUGGAUCUGUAGAGAGGAUCACUCACCAACUGAAAAGCAUUUACCACCCAUGAUCAGAUCACAUACUUUUGCUAACAUGACUGAGCAUAUUAAAAAGGCUUAGUGAGUGUAUACAGUGACCAAUGAGGGAAUGCACUGUGAAAAACCUGCUAAAGAUGCAUUUGUUUUCAUAUAGUCUGAUUUGAAUGAGAAAGACUCACGAAAGAGAGUCUAAAGAAAAUGUUGGUUUGGUUGCUGUUUUAAUCCUGGACCUCUAUCAAGAAGCCUUUGACUGGAUUACCAGAACCUGGGGAUUAAUUCACAAAAUAAUUGUGAGACAAAAUAUAAACCAAUUGACCCGAUAGCAUGCAUGUUCUGGUAACUGUGGCAUUGAAUGCAUAGUGAUUUGUUAAAUGCAAAGGUCAUGCCCUAUCUCGUAAUUCUAAAGAAACCCCAUGGUUUUGCUAUCCUCUGAAAUGUAAUAGCUUUUUCUCUUGUCUAACAAGCUUCAUGAAUAUCGCGCUGACAAACAAAAAACAAGCUUAAAAAAUAACCUCCAUGUUGGUGAAGGUAACAAUUACUUGCUUGUCCAAAUGACUUGUGGGAAAUUCCUUGUUUACGUAGAAAAUAACUAAAAAGUCUGAACGGUAGAGAGCAAAAACAACUAGUCUCAAACAGGAUAUUUCAUUCUUAUUUGUGCGUUUGGUAUGAAGUAUAACAGAUCAUUUUUGAAUGACAAUAUAUAAAAACUGCAGCUGUGAUUUAAACCCCCAACACGUAAAGCUUCUUGGACUGGAUGCAACAGCGCUGAACCCUCGCUAUGAUAUACUUUUUUAUUUAUUGAAUGUUUAUUUAUUCCAGAACUGAGGUUGAUAGUGAAAUCAUAUUUGGAUAUGUGACCUGGAGCAGUCUGUCUUCGCUAGGUGAAGAAAUCAAACUGAACUGAACAGCUGCUGGACUAUAGCAGCAGAGUUCACGUUGUUAAUAGUGUCCUAGUGAACCGCUGGAUUUACAUCAAAUCACUGACUGAUCCAAACUGAACUGAACCGUCAUGAACUACACCAACUGGGCUAAAGUUGUAGCAUCAGUACAUUGAAGGUGAAAAACGGAAUACAGAGGACGACUGGACCUUUUACAGGAGAAGGCACCGUGGAGACUGAAGCCCUUUCUAUAGGACACUUAUCAUUCGUUGAUAUCACUAUUACAAAAAAGGUAGAAUAAUCAGGGAUAACCUGCAUGUAAAUUCACCAGGUAUGGUUUAGAAAUCAGGUUUAGAAAUCUGUCUUGUUUCUUAAACAAAAACCUGUGACAUUUGGUGUUAAGGUGGGAAAUUAACUUGUUUGUACAUUUGUGGAGCAGCCACUGUGGAAAGUAACCAGCCAUAGCGGUAGUAAUUUGUCUUGUUAAAUAGUUGAUGUGGCUGCUAACUCGGGUCUUUAGACAGAAGAGUCCAUUUACUGUCUUGUUUCUACUGAUGAAUGUAAACAAAUUGUAGAAUGUGUUCUGCCAUCACAAGUGCUGUCCUCUGCUUUCACCACGCUCUUUUCCCUCCUAAGCAUUUAGUGUACUACUAUAGUAAGCGUUUAUUUAAGCCAGGGAUGCAGAAUGGUGCAAAUGUAAGCUCAUACAAAAACAUCCGUGCAAAUCUACAUGUUUUUUUAUUAUAGCUGUAACAAGAUCUUUUCAGGUACUAAUGUUCUGCUGUUUUAUCUCAGAUUCAUCUUCUCAUCAGGGACAAAGCAUAGAGUGCUCUACACAAAACACAGCAUUAUUUUUGAACAUGUGUUAUUCAUCUCCUACUACUAAACAGAACAGCUUUGUGUUCAAUUAUUCAAUAAUAAAUACAGAAGUAGUGCUUCAAGGCUGCGGCUAACUGUAUCAACUAACAAGCUGAUGUAUAAAUGCUGUUAACAUUAGUGCUAAAACAAACGGCAUUAAAAACAAUGGUUGUAUUUCAUAUUGGUCUUUGGAGACUCAAAGUGUUCAUUCAGUUUCUGAAACCUGAGGACAAAGUGACGUUAUGAAUGAAACAAUCAGGCGAAAUGUCUACAGUAUUAAAAACAGAUGCAUGCAAAAGGAAACUGUUGAUAUUAAAUAGUGAGCUCUGUUUUAGCAAAAGAUAAGAUGGACUUUUAUUAAUCCCUCGUGGGGAAAUUGUUUCCCUGCAUUUGACCCAUCCUGUGUUAGGAGCAGUGUGCUGCCAUUUUGAACGGCGCCCGUGGAGCAGUGUAGGGAACGGUGCCUUGCUCAGGGACACCUCGGUAGCACCUGGUCUUUCCGGGACUUGAACUGGUGACCUUUCCAGUUGCCAAGCCAAGUCCCUAUCGACUUCGCCACCACCGCCCCUUUAACAGGAAACAGGAUUAUACCACAAGUCAUGGCUUUAACACAUUUUGUAUUAUUCAUACAAUAGAUAUUCUAUAAUGUCUUAUUACUGUUGAAGAAUUGAACGCUUUGAGCCUCCAUAUGAAACCUCAACUGUUAGCUAAGAAACCUACAGUUGUUUCUCUUGAAUGAAAUACCCUGACUGCCUCGCUUUAAGCUGACAGAAGUGCUUCGACUGCAUGAUUAAACAAUAAGGGUUUAUCAAAUGUUGCUAAAAAUGUAGGAUAAUCCGGAAUGCCUGAAGCAAAUGUUUGUCAUUUCUUUAAAGAAAAAUAAUAAUUAACAUCAGAUUGUGAAGACUGAAAGCAAAAUUCAGUUACAGUUUGUGGUCCCUAAACAUUUCCCCAUGUGCUGUUUUUCUUUUACAGUAAACAUUUAUUUACUUUUUGUUUACAUUUCAACUGAAAAA